AUGUCUACUUGCCGCCAGUAUCAUAAUAAAUUGUCUAGAGAAGAUUAUUUCAAGAAGAUUGUGAUAGAAUCCCUUGAUUUGGAUGAAGAAAGAUUAACAGCAUUAGACCAUCUUGAGGGUCAGAAGAGAAAGGGUGAACGAGCAUACAAUAAGCGAGUGAAACCGAAAUCGUUUGUCGUGGGCGAUUUGGUGUGGAAAGCGAGUUUGCCCAUUGGUCACAAGGAUAGGCGAUUUGGAAAAUGGAGUCCGAAUUGGGAGGGACCAUUUAUCGUGACUACUAAGCUAACUGGUGGUGCUUAUGUCUUGGAAAAUAUUGACGGUGAAGAACAUGAGAGGGCGAUUAACGGUCAGUUCUUAAAGAAAUAUGUUCCUAGAUGCUAG